AUGGAAAUGUGUAAGUUGUGUGACCUUGGUGCUAAUGGUCCCGGGUUCACAUGGAGAGGGCCGAUAUUUCAAGGAGGUCAGUGGAUCUUCGAAAGAUUGGAUAGAGCUAUUUGUAAUGAAGAGUGGAGAUUGCUGUUCACGGAAGCGCAAGUGAAAGUUCUUACUAGAGUUGAAUUUUCUGAUCACCAUCCAAUUAUGAUUGCGUUGACAAACAGUAGCCAUGAGAGGAUUCCUAAACCGUUUUGGUUUGAGAGUGCUUGGAUGGUGGACAACAAGUAUAUAGAUAGAUUAAGGGGAUUUUGGAAUAAACAGGAUGAUUUUAUGAAAAAUCUUCAAAGAGUUGAAUCUGAUGCAAAUGAGUGGAAGUCUUGUUCAGUUCAACAUGUGCAAAAGGUUAAAAGAUGUAUUAUGGCUCGUCUCCAAGGUAUCCAAAGAGGCAUUCAAGAUAAGCAUAAUAUUUCCGGCCAGUUGAGGUUAGAGAAAAAGCUGCAGGGGCCAGGGGGAGCUCAAAACAAUCUUGCGCCAAGAAGAACUCAUGUGGUUCCAGAGAUCUAG